AUGGCGUCCAUGCAGAAGAGCCGCGAGGAGCACGCAAGGUCCGCGGCGCAAAAGGCGGCCGACGAGCUCGCCGCAUCAAGGCGGGACCAGCAGGUCCACGAGGCCACCACGCCCGUCAGCCCCGCGGCAAGCGGCGGCGGCGGCAUCCUGAGCAGCGUGCAGGACAGCGCGCGGACCGUCAUGGGCGCCGUCCGCGGCACCUUCUCUGGCAACGGCGGCGGCGACCGCGACGACGACGACGCCACCGCAGCGGACAUGGCGGCGGCGGCGGCGGUAGAGCGCGCCAAGGAGUACGCGGUGGAGAAGGAGGGUGCGCGGCUGGCGCUCGCAGGCGACGCCGUGGCGAGGAAGGGCGAGAUGGACGAGUCUGCGUGGCAGCAGGGGCAGGACGUGCGGCGGCGCGCGGCCGAGAAGGCCCAGGAGGAGGCGCGGCGCGUGCACGAGCCAUCCGAGGAGGAGAAGGGUCGGGCGGCGACGGAGAACAUCUACGGGAUGGCGAAGGGCGCGAUGGCGGGCACGUUCGCGGAGAAGAUGAGGAAACGGGCUGAGGCGGCCGGUGGCGGGGACCGGAAGGCAGCUGCGGCAUCGCCGGCGCCGGGGAUCGGGGACGACGACAAUCGUGAGCCUGAUGAGGACGACGACGUGAUGCUGCGGGUGAAGGCGGCGGACCAGAUGACGGGGCAGGCGAUCAACGACGUCGGCAAGAUGGGCGACGAGGGCACUGGCAUGCCACGACGGCGCUAG